CCUCGCUCGGCACAGGCGGCCUGCGGGAGGUCGGGGUGACCAGAAACACGGAACGUUUCUUUAAAGACCAGAGUGUUAACAAUUUCUCUCAGUACUAAACCACGAUCUCCUCAUUCCCCAAUGUUAUUUCCACUAGAAAGAAAUAACGCUGAGAAUGCCACUGACAUUCCCUUUCCACGGGAGCUGCGGUGGGUGCUGAGAGCAGAAGGCAGAAGAGCAGAAGGCGGCAGGAACCGCAGGAGCAUCGCUAAACCCCGAACUGCCCCGCACAGUGCGGGCUCUGGAUGCCACAGCCGGCCGGGCCGAGCCCCGGCACCGCGGGGACACCGAUCCAGCCACACCGAGCCCCGGCACCGCGGGGACACCGCUCCGGCCACACCGAGCCCCGGCACCGCGGGGACACCGAUCCGGUCACACCGAGCCCCGGCACCGCGGGGACACCGAUCCAGCCACACCGAGCCCCGGCACCGCGGGGACACCGCUCCGGCCACACCGAGCCCCGGCACCGCGGGGACACCGAUCCGGCCGGGCCGAGCCCCGGCACCGCGGGGACACCGAUCCGGUCACACCGAGCCCCGGCACCGCGGGGACACCGAUCCGGCCACACCGAGCCCCGGCACCGCGGGGACACCGCUCCGGCCACACCGAGCCCCGGCACCGCGGGGACACCGAUCCGGCCGGGCCGAGCCCCGGCACCGCGGGGACACCGAUCCGGCCACACCGAGCCCCGGCACCGCGGGGACACCGAUCCGGUCACACCGAGCCCCGGCACCGCGGGGACACCGAUCCGGUCACACCGAGCCCCGGCACCGCGGGGACACCGCUCCGGCCACACCGAGCCCCGGCACCGCGGGGACACCGAUACGGCCCGGCCGAGCCCCGGCACCGCGGGGACACCGCUCCGGCCACACCGAGCCCCGGCACCGCGGGCCGCCGUUCCGCCCGGCCGAGCCCCUCACAGCGGAGCCGCUCGCUGGCGGGCCCGCGGCGCCCCCGCGCGGGAAAGGGGAAGUGGAAGGGGAAGCGCCGCUCUGGGCGGGGUUCAGGCUCCGGCCAUGGUUCAAGACACCGCCCCCGGGCCGCCCCUGCCCGGCCCCGCCGCCUCGCUGGGACAUGGCGGCGGCCCGGUUCCGCCUGUGGCUGUUGGUGUCGCUGCUGCGGCUGCCCCGCGGUGCCUCCGCGGCCGGACCGGCGGCGGCGGGGCCCGGAGCGGGGCGCGGGCCCGCGGAUGGCAUGAAUGUCUUGUUUAUAAUUGUGGAUGAUCUGCGCCCUGUUUUGGGCUGUUAUGGAGAUAAGCUUGCGAAAUCUCCCAACAUUGAUCAACUUGCUUCCCAAAGUAUGGUGUUCAGCAAUGCAUAUGCCCAGCAAGCCGUGUGUGCUCCCAGCAGAGUGUCGUUCCUCACUGGCCGCAGGCCUGACACCACCCGGCUCUACGAUUUCUACUCCUACUGGAGAGUUCAUGCAGGAAACUAUUCCACCAUGCCCCAGUAUUUCAAGGAAAAUGGCUACGUGACCCUGUCUGUGGGGAAAGUUUUUCAUCCUGGGGUUUCAUCCAAUUACAGUGAUGACUAUCCCUACAGUUGGUCCAUUCCACCCUUUCAUCCUUCAGCUGAAAAGCAUGAGAAUGAUAAGACUUGUAGGGGAAAAGAUGGAAAACUUUAUGCAAACUUGGUGUGCCCAGUGAAUGUGACAGAAAUGCCUGGGGGGACUCUGCCUGAUAUUCAGAGCACUGAGGAGGCCAUACACUUACUGAACCUCAUGAAAACCACCAGGCAAAAGUUCUUCCUGGCUGUUGGCUACCACAAGCCACAUAUCCCACUCAGGUACCCACAGGAAUUUCUCAAGUUGUACCCCUUGGAAAAUAUCCCAUUGGCCCCGGAUCCCUGGGUGCCUAAGAAGCUCCCUGCUGUGGCAUACAACCCGUGGAUGGACAUCAGACAGAGGGAUGAUGUGGGAGCAUUAAAUGUUAGUUUUCCUUAUGGGCCACUUCCAGAUCAUUUCCAGCGGCAGAUUCGUCAGAGUUAUUACGCAGCAGUUUCUUACCUGGAUGUGCAAGUUGGCCUGCUUCUGAAUGCUUUGGAUAACGUAGGACUCUCAAAUAACACAAUAGUAGUUUUUACUGCUGAUCAUGGGUGGUCCCUGGGAGAACAUGGUGAAUGGGCAAAAUACAGCAAUUUUGAUGUUGCUACCCGAGUGCCGCUGAUGUUUUAUGUCCCAGGAAUGACAAAUUCCCCUGCCAGUCCAGGAGCAAGAAUCUUCCCCUACCUCGACCCUUUUAGCCAUACUGGAGGCUCAGCACCUCAAGGGCAAAGUGAAACAGUGGUGGAGCUGGUGUCUCUGUUUCCAACUCUUGCAGAACUUGCUGGCCUGCAGGUUCCUCCUGCGUGCCCAAAGACAUCGUUUGGUGUUGUGCUGUGCACUGAGGGGUCAAGCCUUGCCCACUAUUUUAAUGUCUCUGCAGGAAAGGUGGAGGAAGGCAGGGAAGGGUGUGAGAACACUGAGAGGUGUUUAAAUGAAGAACCUGUUGCUUUCAGCCAGUACCCCCGGCCUGCAGACACUCCCCAGUGGAACUCUGACAAGCCAAAGCUGAAGGACAUCAGGAUCAUGGGCUAUUCCAUGCGUACCAGUGACUACAGGUACACCCUGUGGGUUCACUUUGAUCCCAAAAACUUCACUGCUAACUUCAGUGAUGUCCAUGCAGGAGAGUUGUACAUGAUGGAGAAUGACCCAAAUCAGGAUUAUAACAUCUAUAACAAUAAUUCACACGGUUGGUUUUUCAAAAAAAUUCUUCACUUUUUAAAGCACUAGGGGUCAGAAACUUCUUUGUGCCUGUUCUUGCAACUGAAUGAAUGCUUCCUUUUGUAUAAAACAUUUCUGUUGUACAGAAAACAUUUGGAUUGAAUAAAAAUCCUUCUUGUAUCAAAA